UCGAAGGAUACAUAUUAGAAAGUAUAAAUUCUCUAUAAUUUCGAUUUAGCAAUUGCGCUGCAGCUGCUGUGUAGUGUGUUGAAGAAUGAGGGCCAGGAAUAUAUCUUCUCAUUGAAGGUUAUUUUCAUAGUUUUUAUUUUGGCUAUUGACUUUUAUUUGUCUACACGUCAUUAUCUAGACGUAAAAGUAUCGUUUAUCAAUCAACAGAUUUUUCUAGUUGGUUGUGCAAUAUGAGUCACGAUCACAGUCACCAUGCAAUGGAAAAUCAUGAGCAUACUACAGAAAGUGGUGAUUCCUGCUGUCCUGGUUCUGAUGCACCAGCAAACAGUGGGCAACACAUGAUGCAUCAUAUGAUGUCUAUGUCAUUCCAUUUUGGUACUAGUGAAACUGUAUUGUUUGAUUGGUGGACAUUUUCUACAACCAGUGGUCUAGUGUAUUCAAUGAUUGGAAUUUUUUUAAUGGCAACAUUGUACGAGGGAUUAAAAUAUUUCAGAGAAUAUUUAUUUUGGAAAUCUUAUAAUGCUAUACAGUAUAGAUCAGUACAAAUCCCAAUGGAAAAAGGACCAAAUGAUCCUGUUUCACAAAUGGUUGGGAAGGUGCUUUUAAAACAACCCCUGCCCACUAUGUUCAGUGUAACACAUUUGCUUCAAACAUUCCUGCACAUAAUUCAAAUAUCCAUCAGUUAUUUAUUGAUGUUAAUAUUCAUGACAUACAACGUUUGGUUAUGCUUAGCUGUAUUAUUUGGCGCUACUUUGGGUUACUUCUUAUUUGGAUGGAAAAAAUCAGUUGUUGUUGAUGUCACAGAACAUUGUCACUGAAAUAAUUGUUUCCAACAAAAUUUGAAUAUAAAAAUGUAUUAUGUUCUUAUUUACUAUUAACUGUAUACAAUAUUAUAAUUCAUAAAUAUAUUUUAUAUGGCAUAGCUUAGGAGUGCUUUCAUCAGUUAUUUUAUUCACUGGUUUAACUAAGCAAUAUAUUAGAUAGAUACCCUGAUUUUUGGGUCAAUUUUAUAAAU